CCCACCAAAAAGCUAGCUACUUGAGUUUUAUUUGUGUGCGAUCAAAUGAGUUCUUUAGCCAUGGUGCUCCAAUUUGAUCCUAAGUUUCUGACAUCCAUUGCAUUGGUUGUUGCGUCAGUGGUGUUGUUUAUGUUGUACAAUGAUCUUGUGGUGAAGCCAAAGAGGCUGAGAUCAAAGCUAAGUAAUCAAGGUAUAAAUGGUCCAACUCCAAGCUUUAUGAUUGGGAAUAUCUGGGAAAUAAAGAAAGCCAAGGAACUUAUAACAACUACUCCAAGAUCUCCUAAUUUGGAACCCGUUGAUGUUCAUGAUUGUGCUUCACUUACCUUCCCUUUCAUUGAGACAUGGAAGCAAAAAUAUGGCAAAGUAUUCACGUUUUCUAUUGGAAACACACAAAUAUUGGUUGUGAACAAACCUGAGAUAGUAAGAGACAUUAUCACAUGCAAAUCCUUGGACUUGGGAAGGCCUUCGUAUGAGAAGAGAACUCUAGGGCCAUUGCUUGGUCAGGGCAUUGCAACUUCGAAUGGGACCAAAUGGGCCAACCAAAGAAAGAUCUUAGCUCCCGAACUAUACAUGGAAAAGGUUAAGGGAAUGAUGACUAUGAUUGGUGAAUGUGCUACUUCUUUGGUAAACUCAUGGGAUGAUAUAAUAAAGGAAAAUGGUGGAAGUGCAAAUAUAAAAGUUGAUGAGUACUUUAGAGAAUUCUCCGGGGAUGUUAUUUCAAGAGCAUGCUUUGGUAGCAAUUACUCUAAGGGGAAGCAAAUUUUCUCAAAACUUGAAGCUCUUCAAGAGAUACUGUCCAAGAAUUCUUUGCUUAUAUGGAUUCCAGGAAUAAUAAAAUACCUGCCAACAAGGAACAAUAGAGAAGCAUGGAAAUUAGAAAAAGAUGUAAAAAAUUGUAUACUCGAAGUGGUGAGGGAUAGAAAAGAAUAUGCUAAUGAUGAUAACAACAAAUUUAAAGACCUACUGCAAAUGGUUCUUGAGGCUGCCAAGAACAGUAACCUGAGUGAAGGAGUCAUUGAAAACUUCAUUGUUGAUAACUGCAAGACUAUAUACGUGGCAGGAUAUGAAACCACUGCAAUUACUGCUGCAUGGUGUCUCAUGUUGUUAGCUUCAAAUCAAGAGUGGCAAGAUCUCGUUCGUGCAGAGGCACUUCAAAUUUGCAAUGGUAAAAUCCCAGAUUCUACUAUGUUGAGUAAGAUGAAACAGUUAACAAUGGUUAUUCAUGAAACAUUACGCCUUUAUUCUCCAAUACCUGUUAUUUCAAGAGAAGCCUUAAAGGACAUGAAAUUUGGUGAUCUUAAUGUUCCCAAAGGUGUACUAAUUUGGGCAAUGCCAUUAAGCUCACAUACAGAUCCAGAUAUAUGGGGAUCUGAUGCCUACAAAUUCAAGCCAGAAAGGUUUGCAAAUGGAGUUAGUGGUGCAUGCAAAUUGCCACACAUGUAUAUGCCCUUUGGAAUGGGACCAAGAGUUUGUCUUGGAAGAGAUUUAGCCAUCACUGAACUUAAGAUAUUGUUAAGUCUUAUUUUGUCUAAUUUCUCUUUUUCUCUUUCCCCUCAAUAUAUCCAUUCACCUUCUCUUAAGUUGCUUGUAGAGCCUCAAUAUGGAGUCAAUUUAUUAGUUAAAAAGCUUUGAAUUAUUUCUUCCUUAAUAAAAGGUGUAUUGCACUUU